AUGAACCCCCUGACGCAAAUCAAGAACACUCAGAAGAUCACCAAGGCGGAGAUCGAGCUCGGCCUCACCGACAAGGCCUCCUGGCACGACCGCUUCAAGCACAGCGCCUACGUCUUCUCCGGCGGCCUCCCCUUUGAGCUCACCGAGGGCGACCUGCUGGCCGUGUUCGCCCAGUAUGGCGAGGUGGUGGAUGUGCACCUCGUGCGCGACAAGAAGACUGGCAAGUCGCGCGGCUUUGCCUUCCUGGCGUACGAGGACCAGCGCAGCACGGUGCUGGCUGUGGACAACCUGGGCGGGGCGCGGGUGGCGGGGCGCGUCAUCCGCGUGGAGCAUGUGGACAACUACAGG